AGUCGUCUUUCACGAAACAAACACUGGAAGUUCCUUUCUCUUGUGCUUCCUAGCAACUACUACAGACAAUGAUCACAAUAAGUCUCCGUUCAUUCUUCACAACUUCACUGACUUUGCAGUGUUUCACCGCAAACCAUGAGUAUCACCUCCGUAACACUCUUCCUCCUUCUCCACCUCUCCACACAUCUCCAAGCGUACACCCCAGAUGAAGUUUUCACCCUCAGUUGCGGCACCACCGGAAGAUCCUUCGACGGAGAAAGGACAUGGACGGGGGACUUAGAUACAAAGUACUUAUCUAGUCAAGACGGCACCGUUUCAGCUACUCCAACAACACAAUCUUCUAUAAAUGAAAUCCCCUUCACCACAGCACGCUUGUCCCGUUCCAAUUUCAGUUAUUCCUUCCCUGUCUCUGCAGGUCCUAAAUUCCUUCGCCUCUUCUUCUACCCAGCUUCUUAUCCUUCCUUUGCCCGCUCCCACGCCUCCUUCACUGUUCAAUCAAACCAAUUCACCCUCCUCGGCGCUUUCAAUGCCUCUCUAAACGCAGACGCAGAAAGCACCGACACCAUAUUCAAAGAAUAUGUGGUCAACGUGGACACGGGUGAUAGGCUCAACCUCAGCUUCACUCCGUCGCAUCCAAACUCCUACGCUUUCAUAAAUGGAAUCGAGGUAUUGUCCAUGCCAACCGAUCUCUAUUACACGUCACAAAAUGACGUAGGAUUCACGCAGGUGGGAAGUAACACGUUGUACAGUGUGGGAACGAGCUUUGCGCUGGGGACAGAGUAUAGAAUCAAAGUUGGAGGGCAAGCAAUCUCGCCACGAAAUGACAGCGGUUUGUUAAGGAAUUGGGCUGGGCACGAUCAAGAUUAUUUAAUGACACAAAAUUCACAGAAUACUGAUAUAACCGUGAAUAGGACCAUAACCGUGAAUCCUGAUUACGUGGCACCCAAGGAGCUGUACAGAACAGCACGUGACAUGGGCUCAAACGCCACUCUCAACAAAAUCAGCAAUCUCACUUGGGAGUUUCCCAUUGAUUCUGGUUUCACUUACAUGCUCAGACUCCACUUUUGCGAACUUGACCCCAAUAUUACUAACAUCGGUGACAGGGUUUUCUUUAUUUACAUAGCGACCAAGUUGGUCGAGGACGACGCAGAUGUUAUGAAAUGGAGCCAGAAUCAGAAAGGUCUCGCUGUGUACAAAAACUACGCCGUUUUGAUUCCCAACAAUAAUGCUCACAAAAGGGUUAAUCUUUCCCUCCAAAUGCAUCCUUAUGAAAAUGGUAGCUUUACGAGAUACAGUGAUCCGUUCUUGAACGGUGUGGAGAUAUUCAAAAUCAGCGAGGCCGGGUCUAACAACCUCGCCGGACCUAACCCGGACCCACUUCAGACUCCACAGAGCAACAUACCCGGCCAAAAGGGAAACAGCAGCAGCGUAAGCGGAACGACGAUAAUUGGCAUCGUCGCGGGGGUGGUAUCCGGCGUCGUUUUGAUCUCCUUUGUGGUUUUCCUCGUCGUGUUCUUCCGACGCAAGAGAACCACUAAUACGAAGAGCAAGGACUACAAAUCCAAGUCAAGCACCACGCAGAAGUACUCCCUACCUUCCGAUCUCUGUCGCCGCUUCUCCCUCAUGGACAUCAAAUACGCCACCAACAAUUUCGACGAGGUCCUGAUCAUCGGCGUCGGGGGAUUCGGCCACGUGAACAAAGGCUACAUCGACGGCGGUCUCACUCCGGUGGCCAUCAAGCGCCUGAAACCGGAUUCGCAGCAGGGGGCACAAGAGUUCAUGAACGAAAUCGAGAAGCUCUCGCAGCUCCGCCACCUCCAUCUCGUCUCCCUCAUCGGCUACUGCAACGACAACAAGGAGAUGAUACUAAUCUACGAUUUCAUGGCACGUGGCAACCUCCGCGAGCAUCUCUACAACACCGAUAACCCCCCUCUCUCGUGGAAGCAACGGUUGCACAUAUGCAUUGGCGCGGCGCGUGGGCUGCAUUAUCUCCACACAGGCGCGAAGCACAUGAUUAUCCACCGCGAUGUGAAAACCAGCAACAUCUUGUUGGAUGAUAAAUGGGUUGCCAAGGUUUCCGACUUCGGACUUUCUAGAAUUGGGCCCAUGGGCAUGUCCAAGGCCCAUGUGAGCACCGCUGUGAAGGGCAGCUUCGGGUAUUUGGACCCAGAGUAUUAUAAACGGUACCGUUUGACGGAAAAGUCUGACGUGUAUUCCUUUGGAGUUGUGUUGUUUGAGAUAUUGUGCGCUAGGCCACCUCUGAUCCGCAACGCCCAGAUGGAACAGGUGUCACUAGCUAAUUGGGCCAGGAGCUGUUACCAAAGCGGGAUUAUGGCCCAGAUUGUGGACCCCACGUUGAAGGGGAGCAUCGCGCCGGAAUGCCUUAAGAAGUUUUGUGAGACUGGAGUGAGUUGUUUGUUAGACGAUGGGACGCAGAGGCCGUCGAUGAACGACAUCGUUUGGAUGCUUGAGUUUGCGCUGCAGUUGCAAGAUAGUGCGGAAGAACGUGAAAAUGCUCGUUUUGUCAUUGAAGAAGAUAAUGAAAGAGAGGAAGUUAAUGACUACGCAUGUUGUGGUAGUAGUGCGGUGAAUGUGAGUACAAGUAGCGCUGGCUGAGAGCAUAGCUAUGGAGGGACAGAUUUACUUGCUUGAUUGAGACUUGAGGUACCUCCCAUGACAAAUUGUAGUAUAAACCAUUU